CACCACAUGCAGCGGCGCUGAUAGUGGCAGUGGCAAACAGCUCAAAUUUUCCUUCCAAAAUACACACAAAAGUGUCUGGUUUACAUUUCGAAUUUGUUGCUGAAGCUGUAAGGACUACAGCAUUCCGCUCAAGUGUUAGACGGUACACAUAAGUGUUUUAUUUUUUUCAAUUAUUUACAAUGGUUUGGGUAGCUGCGGGCGAGACGGAGGAGCAUAUCUCCACAACUUCCAAUAAAAGUGAUAUAAGUAACAGUCUGAGAAGCUGCAAGUUGGAAAAUGCUUCGCCCAGAGCUACAGGAUCAAGAUCAACUUCACCCAAAACGGGCGCUGUUAAUGGCGCUGGAGAUCUGGGGCCAGCAGUUUUACCUAAUUGCCUGCGCAUCAGUGCUACUAGUGGUAAUCCACCAGCUUUAGUGCGUUUGCCAGCUGCACAAGCAGCUUAUCUACAUCCCAAAACUGAGUCGAUAUCCGACGGUGAUCUGUCGGAUUUUUCACUCAACGACACUGAGGAGGAUGACGAAGAUUUUCGCAAUUGUGUGCUUUCGAAUGGCAGUCAGGGGGAUGGCUCGCGCUCUCAAUCCACUUCACCGCGCAACAUGAAUAUACUCCAGCCACCGCGUCAAACCAAUUCUCCACCGAAUAACAGUAACAUUUUGAAGAAUGCUCCAACCAUAAGCGGCGGUCCGGUACGUAAGGUCUUCACCAAUACGCGUGAACGUUGGCGUCAACAGAAUGUGUCCGGCGCCUUUGCCGAGCUACGCAAGCUAGUGCCCACACAUCCGCCAGACAAGAAGCUCUCCAAGAAUGAAAUACUUCGCAUGGCUAUUAAAUACAUCAAGCUACUCACCGGCGUCUUGGAAUGGCAGAAGCAGCAGGAAGAACUACAACAAGAGCAGCAUCAGUCAAAUUGUCGCGAUACACGCGUCAGCAAUGAGUUAAACAACAAUGACAGGCAUAGGUUGAAUGGACAUCAUGAGUCCACGGUAAGCGGUCGGGAUAACGCAUCACCGCUGCGUCAAGUGCAAGUCAAGCAAUUUCAUUUGAAGUGUGAACGCGUCGGCAACGCAUUGAUAGCGAAUGCUCAGCGUAACAAUAGUCUCUUAAUGAUAGCGCCAAGCGCAAUGUCUACGCGUCCUAUAAAAAUGGAAGAGUUAGAGGCUGUGGAUGUAGCUGGUUCAGCCUCAUGUUCGUCUAAUAGUAGCCAAGCGUUGGGUAUUACACCAGCUAUAGCGGUUGGACGCGUUAAUGGUUCCAAUGGCGGGCGCUCGAAUAAGCGAAAGUCGCAUUCGAAGUCUACCAUAAACGAAAGCAGUGAAAAUCAGAAUAAUAAGAAGCGAAAGGAGAACUAAAGGGUGCUAGGUGUUACUAAACGAAAGUGUGAAGAUUUAUAAAAGAACAAACUGUGAAAAAAUGGGUUAUAAUGGAAUGCUAAAAAAAUAAAUAUAUUAAUAUAUUUACUCC